CUACCACUCUUCAACCACUACAGCAAGCACCACUCUUGCAUUUGAAUAUUUCUCAAGGAAAUUAAACGCAGCUUUCCACACAACAGGAACUACAAAGAUGGCCAAACAGGCUCUCUUUUCUUACUCAAUUAUUCUACUUGUUUUUCUCUUCCAAGGUAUCACAACUUUAGCCCAGCCUGCCACCGCUCCAGCCCCACCCGCCAUUGCACCAGCCCAGCCAGCCAAGCCCCCAUCCCCGGCUGCAACACCCCCAGUCCAGCCUGCCAAGGGCUUAGCCCCAGCUCCAGUCCAAUUCUCUCUGGUCCCAGUACAAAAGGGUCCUACCGACAUCGUCAAAAUCUUAACCAAAGCCCAUGGCUACUCGGUCUUUGUCCGUCUCUUAAAGAACACUGGAGUGGCCGCACAACUAUUCGAUCAGCUCAACAAUUCAAACAAUGCGUUUACCAUCUUUGCUCCUACGGAUGCCGCAUUUUCCAGUCUCAAACCGGGCACUAUAAACUCUUUGUCCGACUUACAAAAGACUCAACUAAUACAAUUUCACAUUUUGAACAACUUGGUGUCUCUGUCAAACUUCCAGACUCUGAGCAAUCCGGUACCAACAGAAGCCGGAGAUACCAGUGCCGGGGAAUUCCCACUAAACGUAACUACUGCUGGCAAUCAAGUGAACAUCUCAACUGGCCUCGUAAAUACCACUUUGGGUGGUACAAUAUAUUUGGAUAAUCAGCUUGCCAUAUAUCAAGUGGACAAUGUACUUCUUCCCCUAGACAUUUUUGUUCCUAAGCCUAAAGUAGCAGCAGCCCCUGCACCAACAUUAUCCAAGUCGAAUGCCACGGGGACAGCCGCAGACAGUCCAUCUGGGGGAACUACUUCUGCUGCUAAAGUAGACGCGUCUAGUGCAGUGAGCCUCAGCAAGUAUGAAAUGUCGUUAUCCAUUGGAGUUGCUGUGUUUGCAUUCUUUGCAACGAAAGGGACUUGACAGCAAGUACCAGCUACUAUUACUUUGGUGGGGUCCAAUUUCUUUAUUGCUGCAUGAUUUUGCCGAGUUGUCUUGAAGAGUCGUGAUGAUCAGCAACGUGUGCUUUUAAUAGAAUUGCCUUCUUUCCUUGUCCCAUGUGUAUCUUUUUGUUUUUCUCCCUUUUUUCUUCUAAGAUUGCCCAUGUCAAGGUCCAAUUUUGAGGGUUUUGUGUUAUUUUAUUCUACUUUUAAGUAACUCUCAAAUUUCCUCUGGCUUUCCCAUUU